UACAAAGCCCCAAAUACCCAACAAAUCCUUAGUACAUUCACUUCACCUAUCUAGAGAAGCUCCUCUUCUCUCUCUCUCUCUCAAAAACAACAGAAGAAGAAGAAGAAGAAGAAGAUGUUGAGCAUGAGUUCAGAGAACACUAAACUCCACAUCAAGCAAGAGGACAAGUUCUACUCGCGCCUCCUCUCCAAGGAGACCUCCGUCGCUAAUCCGUCGUUUCGCGUAUACUACGGCGGCGCCUCCGGUGCCGUCCCCUUCCUCUGGGAGUCGCAGCCGGGUAUGCCUAAGAACGCCGUCCCCGCCACCACACUACCCCCGCUCACCCCUCCCCCCUCCUACUACUCCUCCACCCCUACGCGUACCAAAUCCCACGGCCCCAAGAAGUCCCCCAACCUCAUCCACGCCAUACUCCCCAAACUCACGUUAAAAAGGUCCGCGCCCACGCCGAAGCCACCACCAACCACACACUUGCACUGCUCAGCCUCUUCCUCCUCCUCCUCGUCGUCGUCGUCGCUGUCGCUCUACGGGCGCACGAGGUUCACGAGCCCACGGUCGUCGUUCUCGUCCCGCGGGGACGACGAGGAGUCCGACGACGGGUCGCCGACGUCGACGCUUUGCUUCGGGGUGCGACACGGCAGCGGCUGGGGGAUUAAGGGUUGCUACUCGCUCAUGUUCGUGAAGAACGCCUCUUGCCGAUCGUAGGGCAUGGAUCCUGGCGAUAAUAUUUAAGGUAAUUUUUCUUCUACGUAGAGUCCAUUUUCAAGCUGGUGCGUACGUAAUUCUACGUUUGGUGUGGGGUGUUUGUGUAAGACGCUGCUUAAUUUGGUAGUGUGGCUCAUCUACCAAAAUGGAGAAGGGAUUGGUCAUUAAUACGUGUGUAAUUGCUAGAGAUCAACCAAAUGUUGUAGUAUGGAUCUUAAUAUUGAUAAUAAUAAUAAUAAUAAUAAUGUGGGUAAAUUAAGCUUGUAUUAUAUAUGCAUUAUUACUCUCCUUAUCUUAAUUUAUCUAUG